ACACGUAUACUACUAUUUAAUUUCAGGGUAUUUAGCUUUUAUUUUGAAAACACGGUUUUUGCACUUCACAUGCAUCACUUCCGGUUUGUCUGUACGGGAAGACGGAACAAGCGGCUUGAUUGAGGGACCAGGAACAAAGGGCGACUAAGAGAGUGGAGCGUUACGCAUGUAGCCUGCGUCCUCUGACUCAGUCUGCAGCCACGAUGUCAAAACGGCCGUCUUACGCCCCUCCCCCUCCCCCUGCCCCAACAACACAAAUGCCUUCCACCCCAGGGUUUGUGGGCUACAACCCUUACAGCCAUCUGGCGUACAACAACCUCCGGCUGGGAGGGAGCUCCGGAGGCUCCAGCAGGAACUCCUCAGGCAUUACCGUCCCAAAGCCUCCUAAACCUCCAGACAAGCCACUGAUGCCUUACAUGCGGUACAGCCGGAAGGUAAGCAGGAAGGUAUGGGACCAAGUGAAGGCCUCCAACCCAGACCUGAAGCUGUGGGAGAUAGGGAAGAUCAUUGGAGGGAUGUGGAGGGACCUGACAGAUGAGGAGAAGCAGGACUACCUGAACGAGUAUGAGGCCGAGAAGAUUGAAUACAAUGACUCACUAAAGGCCUACCACAACUCCCCGGCCUACCUGGCUUAUGUCAACGCCAAGAACCGGGCUGAGGCCGCUAUGGAGGAGGAGAGCCGACAGAGGCAGAGUCGUAUGGAUAAAGGAGAGCCGUACAUGAGCAUUCAGCCCGCUGAAGACCCCGACGAUUACGAUGAUGGCUUCUCAGUGAAGCACACAGCAGCCGCUCGCUUCCAGAGGAACCACCGGCUCAUCAGCGACAUCCUCAGUGAGAUUGUGGUUCCUGAUGUGCGUUCAGUAGUUACCACAGCUCGCAUGCAGGUCCUCAAAAGACAGGUUCAGUCUCUGAUGGUGCACCAGCGGAAACUCGAGGCAGAACUGCUGCAGAUUGAAGAUCGACAUCAGGACAAGAAAAGGCGCUUCUUGGAGACCACAGACUCGUUCAAUACUGAGUUGAAGCGGCUGUGCAGUCAGAAGGUGGAGGUGGACAUGGAGAAGCUCGCAGCAGAGAUGGCUGCCGCCGAAGAGGCUGCGCGGCGCCGGGCGGAGGAGAGAGAGCGCGAGGCAGCUGAGCAGGCGGAGAAGGCUCAGCAGCAGCAACAGGAAGCUGCUGGAAACAAAACGGAACAGAGCAGCGCCGCCGGUAAUGGCACAGGCAGCCCCACCUCAGGGACCAAGGAGGACGACAAGCCCUCACCAAUGGAGACAGAUGAAGCCCCCGGAGAGCCCUCCUCCAACCCCCAGUCUGCGCCACCUCCUUCAUCUGACCCCCCCUCUUCUGCCUCUGACAAAGCAGUCCCAAGUCCUGAGCCCCCCAGGGAGAGCAGCACUCCUAGCAGCAGUGCCCCUAGUGAUGAGGGCAGCAACAGUAGCAUGCCCCCCCCACCCUCCGAUGGCCCUGGAGCAGCAGCCCCAGAACCCCCAGUGGUCCAGGAAGGCAAUCCCAGUCCGUCUAACUCCAACCAGAACGCACCACCACUUCCACCUGCCUUAGAAGAGCCGCUUGCCCCCAACCAGGGCGGUCCACAGUAUGACAUGUAAUGACACACAGUAGCUGUAGGCGUCCACCCUGUGCUGCUCCUUCACAGUGAUCUGUAGUGUGGUCAUGGGGAAUAGUUUGUGUAUGCUUCCUUCAACUGCACUCAGCAUGUGAGCGAGGACGUGUCACCAAAGAGUCCAACAUUUAACCCGGUCGCGUUUGUGCUCCAGCUGUCAGAAACAAGCCAAUCUGCCCCAUCCCUGUCAUUGCAUGACUGCAGAUCCACUUCUGUGUUUUACGUUGUGGCUGAACGGUGUUCAAGCUUCAAACAGGACACAUUAUCAGGUUCACACAUCCAGCUGGGCCCAGUCCGGUCCACGUUCAGAACAUCACUACUGACGCCAAACUUUUAUCCCAGAUCUGUAUCAAAGCUUUGUCAGAUUAGAGUUGAGCCACUUGCUGCGUUUUAAGUCAGAUGAGGUGGAACACAGCAAGCACACAGGUCUUAGAGGAAGGGACUAAACACAGUUCUGCCCUGACUUUAAAUAAUCAAAUGAAUUCAUUCAUUCAAACCAGGAGCUAAAUGUCAUCACCGUUCUACUGUGAGACGUUCCUGUGCAGCAGGAUGACUGUCAGUCUGAACUCAGCCUUCUACAACACAGGCUUAACACACCAGGGAACUGGGCCUGUGUUUUCAUACACAAGUCAAAUGUAAACCUCAAAACUUCCACUGUGUAGAGUUUGUACCAACGGAUUCGACAGGUGUCAUAUACCUCUCCUCACCCCACACGUUUGACUACUACUGUUAAUGUGUUUUUAGACCUAUAGCAAAGUUUUAGAUGAAUAUAAUCAACCUCAGCCUAUAUAUUAAAGCUGUUCUCCGAGUCGAAUGCCAUGGUGGCGUGUGUCCAAGGACUUAAGGUUGGAGGAAGCCACGUUUUGAUUUACUUGUGCACUGAUGUUCUGCAUGUUAAACUAAUACCAAUCAAUAAUCCUGCUAGUAGUUGUUGAGGCAGAGCAACAGUGUUGAGAAGACGUUAAGAUGUAAACCACGAGGUGACAGCACGUCUCCAAGGUGCUUUUUAAGUCUGUAGAUGAAAUGACCUGUAUUAUUGUAGUGUAAGACUCCAUGUCUGCUCCCUGUAAUCACAUCUGUAGAACUCAGCCUUUAGUCCGUGAGCUACUUUGACGCAAGGCUCUUUUUAACGAGUGCAUUUCCUGUGACACAGCAUGCGUUUAACUGAAGCAGACGCUUCCCCCCCCCUCACCCAACCUCAGUCUUAGGCAUUAAAGGACUGUUUCUUACUUGAACCCGUUUUUAGGACUAUGCUUCUGUUUUUUGCAUCUUUCUUUUGUACUGUCUGAUCUAUCAAAUAAAGGUGAUUUCUCUGUCUGUA